UUUACAUAAAGCCACACGUGUCAGUCCAAAAUAACAAACCCCUACCAUCCAUCACAAUCCCUCUCUAUCUACCAAUAAUCAUUCCCACUUCUCUCAUCAAGGCGCGUGAAACACAAACACCAAUCUAUCACUCUCCCACAACUAAUCCACAACAAAGAAAAGAAGGAGACUGCCACGUCUGUAUAAGUGGGCCCUACGCCUCAAGCCUGAACAUUCAAUCCGAACAAAACGAUAGAAAAAAGUUGAUGUCAACUCAUAUAAAUAAAAACCAUCCUACAAAGAUUUCCCUUCUCAUCCCCCUCUCUCUAGAUUUCUGAAGCCAAAAGCAAAAUGAGUGAGAAUGAUGAGUGGGUCCACGUCGCGCUGAUGGAUGACGCGAUUGUUGCUGACCUGAUUGUGCGGUUUCGCCAAGCGCCGCGGUGUUUGAGGAAGGGGAAGGCCCCGGACACUGCUGCGGCUCCUCUGUGUCCCCGCUGGAACGUGCGUCAUCAACGGUCCAAACAGGUAAUUAAGGAGAAAGCAAGGGAGUCUCCUCUCAGUGCCAGCCCGACGACGCCGCUUUCGUGGAGCGAAGCGACCUCUGUCAGUGGAGAGGGGGCCGAGGAGUCCAGCCGCUUCCCCAGGCUGAUUAAUAGCGCGAGAUCUGAGUCUUUGCCUGUUGCUGUUAAUGAAGAACACAUCAACAAGAGAGGACGCAAGAGGAAGCAAAAUGUUGCUGAACUUAGAGCAGUGGAAAGCUUACUUUUGAAUGAAAGUAUUGCAUUGAAAAGUGAACUGGAAAUGCUACGCUCUAAUGUUGAGAAAGUGAGAGCGGUAAAUGCAAGCUUAAAGAGAAUGACAUUUGAUGUACCAUCGCGACAUAUGAUGGAAACAUCCACAGCUGCUGCCGCAUCAAAGCAAGCAGCUCUAAACCAGUCCGUUCAGCCAGUAGUUGCCCGGGAUCCCACAUGCUCAAUCUCGCAGGGUGCCACGUGCAUUAAGCUUGACCAAUGUCUGCCAAACCUUUCAUCUGAGGGUGCAAAGGAGCCUUCAUUUCUGCUACCUGAUCUAAACUUACCUGCUGAUGAAUCAGGUUUCGAAGGUUAAUGGAAUAACUCAACAUCAUCCAUGCAUAAUAAUUAGUCAAUUUGACAGUUCUGAACUUUGGCAUGUUGACUUUUGCAAGUGAUCGUCAACAUAUCAAGUACCUUCACUGCAUACUGGAUGUGGAGUGCUUUUUAUACUAGAAGGUAGUGCAGGAUUCCUAAUCUUUAGUUAGAGCCACAUUUAUCAUCUUUGGAGAUUUCUACAGUUAUCCAAAAUUCUUUGGGGCCAAACUCUCUUCUCAUCCCCUUCUCCUUUAGGAAAAUAUUUAUUAAGGCGCACACACACAGAUGUAACCCGUUCCCGUUCUGUUGCAAAUUACAUGAUCUGGUACUUUUGGUUGAAUUGUGAAUCAAAUUAUCAAAGCUUGUUAUUUAUCUAUGUGCAUAUUUGUUUGUCCCUUA